UUGCAACAGACAUGCGUCUGUGACUUAUCUCAGGUCACUUCAGGAGAUCCACGUGAAACGACUUUGUAAAUCUUAUCUACAUUUACCAUGGCUUUCAAACACGUGUCCCAUGUAAUUUUCGACAUGGAUGGCCUUAUUAUAGAGUCCGAGUCCGUUUACGAUAAAGUAUUUAGCGAAAUUGCACUUAACCAUGGAACUGAAUACACAAAAGACACCAAACUAAAAAUGAUGGGUACUCCUGACCCUAUAACCGCUCAAAUUGCAAUCAAAGAAAUGCAGCUGCCAUACAACGUCGACCAGUUCCUGGAAAUCUAUUUACCACGAGCGAAAGAACUGCUCAAACACCCUCAACUCAUGCCAGGUGCCAAAAGACUCAUCCAGCACCUCUACAAACACAACAUCCCAAUAGCUAUAGCAACAUCUUCCUCUCAAGAGUUUCUACAAAUCAAAACGCAAGACCAUCAAGAGCUGAUUUCUCUUUUCCAGCACAUAGUUUGUGGGAGUACUGAUCCUGAAGUCAAGAAUGGAAAACCCGCUCCUGAUAUUUUCCAAGUGUGUGCGUCUAGGUUUUCUGAUAAACCACGACCCGAUCAGUGUUUGGUUUUUGAAGAUUCGCCUAAUGGUGCCAUGGGUGCUAUAGCAGCUGGGAUGCAAGUCGUUCUAGUACCGGAUCCCGACAUACCUCGAGAAGCUAGACAGCCGGCUACACUUUUACUCGGGUCUUUGGAGGAGUUCAAGCCUGAGCUUUUUGGACUACCAGCGUUUGAGCGGUUCUGAUUGGUUUUGAAAAUGAAAAAAGUCGCAUUGUUUUAUUAAACGAUUUAUUGUCUAUAUUUACAAAUUUACUAUAGUCUAUUUAUCCAUA